ACAUCAAUUGGUAAAUCGAACUCAGUUUGUAACAAUAACAAUGGGCGACCCGAAAUUAUUUCCCAUAAAUCUGAACAACCUUUCGUCGAAGGAGAGGCAUAACUAUAUCCUUAACCACUAUGUUCUCAACUCGCCAGCCGAGGCGGAAGCGCGCCGACACAAGAGGGAUAUCGACGUGAUACGGGAGAACCACCGCUUCCUGUGGGAGGACGAUGAAGAGGUGGACACAGAUUCCCUGAGCUGGGAGCAGCGUCUGGCCUUGCGGUACUACAAGAAACUGUUCAAGGAAUACUGCAUAGCUGAUCUGUCCCGCUACAAGGAGAACAAGAUAGCCCUGCGAUGGCGAACGGAACAGGAGGUGGUCACAGGUAUCGGUCAGUUCCAGUGUGGCAGCCGGCACUGCGGAGAGCGGUCGGGUCUGCGUAGCUGGGAAGUUAAUUUCAAGUACAUCGAGAAGAAAACGGCCCUGAAUGCGUUGGUCAAGGUGCGCCUUUGUCCCACGCAUACGGAACAGCUAAACUACCGCACCAAGAAAAAGGAGUACAAGAAGCAGCGCCGCCGGGAGAAGGAGGAACGCAGAGCUGAAAGAAAGCGCAAGCGACGCAAGCUUGAUGCGGAGGACGAAGCCUCUGCCUCCUCAGAAGGCGAAGAGGAGGGCGUAGCGGCACCGUCGUCUUUGGAAGUUGAGGUAGAAGCGGAAAAGAAGCAGGUGGAGCAGGAGGAGCCCUCGGCAGACGAGAAAAUCUGGCUAAAGCAACCUGAUCUCGCCCAGGAGCAGCCCUCCAGGGAAAGGGAAUUCGAGAGAUAUCUGGAGGAUCUACUUUUGUAAAAUACAUAGCACACAUUUAUUUGGAUUCAACGAUUAUUUUUCACAAGAACUGUGUGUUAAAACCGACACCAAAUCUGAAGUUGAACUGGACAUUAAGGCUGUGACUUUGUGUGUUUUGGAAACAUUUUCGGACUGCUACUUUCCAAACCGCCAUUUCUGUACCCAUCGAACGGAAAGCAGAGGUUCAAAAAUACAUAAACUCGUACGGCUGGGGUAAAUGUUUAAAUCCAGCCGCUGAAGCGUUUCUAAAUAUAAAUCGCUCUAGAA